AUGGAAGGCUGUUCCAACUGGUGCGAUUGGUUCACUCGCUUCCAUUGCUGUUGCUUGAUUACUUGGAUUUUCACCAUCGGAACGGUGGUGGACAUCUUCCACUCCCGGGCUUUCUUGCAGAAGGCCCGUGCAUGGGAGACGCUGCCUGCGUGGCAACUGGCGCACUGCGACGUACUUGCUGCCGGGGUCAGCUGCGUUGAUCACUGGGACAAGAGCACAUGUUUCGGUUACGUCGCGGGAAAGAUGCCUUCUGGCCAGCCGCCGGUUUUUCUGACUGAGGAAGUCGCAGUUUGCCCGGGAACCUAUUGGUGCGCGACAGAUGGGGAGAUGUGCGACUGCCGAGGCGAGAUUACCUUUGCUACGGAGCUCUUCAACGGCGAAGUUUACACAAUGCCUGAGCCAGAGAGAGCUUAUAAGGUGGUCUCGACCGGCAAAUGGAGAUGCGGAACGGAUCAGUCUGGACAGCCUUACCAAGUGGAUCCUGCGAAGUGGCGCAAUAAGCAUUGCUGGUGCACACCGCAGGGCAUUUUGGACGCUGUAAAGCAACAUGAGCCUCCCUACUUACAUAAGAAAGAGUGUUCUGAGAUGGUGAGCACGUACUUCAAUAGUCAUACUGCAACUCAGCGGCGCCUGGGAGUGGAACAAAUGAAAGACAAGUAUCGCUUUCGCUACUCUCCCUGGGCACUGGUCGUCGUCUCCAAGAAUCAGGGCUUUGACGGCUUCGAUGGCCUUGACAAAAAACAACUACGCUGCGCAUAUGAGUAUGGUACUCCAGACGUUUCCGAAUCCAUCUACUACUCCUCAGAGGCGUACAGUGACAGGGGUGUUUGGACGUCGGAAGACGUCGCGAAGAGGUGGGGCAACGAAAGCUCCCGACCUUGCUGGGUUCGCACGACAGGCGAGCCCGGCCGGAAUUUAGAGGCCUGCGCGGUCGCCCUGGAGAAUCCAAACCAGAUUGAAGAGGUCGCUUUGGGCAGGCAGAGGGAAACUUACAAUCGCUUCUACGCAGUUCUUUGCUUCACCGUGUUCUUCACCGGUCUCGUGGGGUAUAUCUGCUACCUCCAGAUGCGAGUUUGUCUGCGAGAGCGGCAGCAGCGGCAGCGGCAGCGUCCCAGCUCCCCCAACUCUUCAGGCUCAUCCGGGGAUGAUACGCGGAGGUUCCUGCCAUGCUGGGAUUCCAACUCCAAUUCCGACUGA